AUGUCAGAAAAACAAGACCUGCCCAUUGAUGAACUCCCAGUAUCAUCCCGACCGAAUAGGAGGACAAGCCUACGCAGAAAAUGGAUGGAGACGAUCGACACGACGUUUGCAGACCGGGUGUGCCUACUGCUCUGCCUGAAUACUGGGUUGUGUGAUAGCUGCGCUUUUAAUGCGUGGUCUUGUUUCCUUGCGAUGCAAACAGGAAAUACCAUCGUUCUCGGACUAGGAGCCUCCUCGCAACCACUCGGAGCGCCCAAUGGAUGGGUCCGAUCACUAGUCUCGAUCGCAGGUUUCCUCGUUGGCGCUAUCACCUUUGCCCGAUGCACAAAGGCGCUUGGAGCUCGUCGUCGUGGCACCCUAUUCCUCUCCUUUUCCUUCCAGGCCCUCCUUAUCGUCAUUGCCGCCAUAUUACUUCAAACGGACGUUGUUCAACACCAGCAUGGGCGAUCAUUUACACUGGAAAAGCCCCUAAUGAGCCUUAUUCCUAUUGCGCUGCUCGCGUUCCAAUCUGCUGGGUCCAUUAAUUCUACUCGUAUGCUUGGGUUCAAUGAGAUUCCUGGAGUGGUUUUGACCAGUGUAUACUACGAUAUCGCCUCUGAUCCUGGUCUAUUCGAGGGCUUUAAUCGGAAUGCAAAGCGCAAUCGACGGAUGGGUGGAGUUGUGAUGCUACUUAUUGGGGCCAUUGUGGGGGGAUGGCUAAGCCGCAGUCACGGAGGCAUGAGCUGUGUCCUUUGGGUCGCGGCGGCGUUGAAAUUCGGAGUAGGAGUCGGGUGGUUAUUCUGGACGCCCGCUUGA